AUGACCUCUGACAACGGCGACGAACCCUCGGGGCGGCCUGGAGGAACAACGAAUACUGAGGGUGGAACUGGGCCAGAUCCGUCCGAAGGCGGCAAUAAAAUCGAAGAACAGCUUCCUCCUCUCCCCCCGAGACCUCCCCUCCUCCAGGCGACAGAUCGGCCAGCUUCCCCUAAGUCUACGAGCAGGCCGACGUGGCAGGCAAAGGCUACAACGGCGCUGUCUUCAUUGGAUAUACAGACCAUGUCAUUUCCUGACGGGUCCAGAGGAACCUUCUCAAUACCCAGCAGUCGAACUGUAUCUGAAUCUAUGGACGGGCUGCCUGGAGAGCUGAAUACACCUAGUAGGAAGGUCAGUCGCAGUGGAAGCGAAUUGGAUGAUAGUGCAAGUCUCAUGAGCUGUGCACCAACACUGCGAGCGAAUGGAGAUCUUGCAAGUCUCCUCGAUGAAGGGCUCAACGCGCAGAGCCCGGCUUGGCGAAUGCUCAGUUCACAAGUGGAAGCCCCGAAUCCCUUUGAGACGAUAGAAUACGAUGAUACAUUGUUACCUAACUAUGAGCACGAGUUUGAUGAGAUAGAAGCGGUGGAUAGUAAAGGAGGGAAUGAAGAAGAGAUACUCCUGAAAUGGAAGUCAAAGCUCAAGCACUACCUGAUUUUAUCAUCGGCGGGCAAGCCAAUUUAUAGCCGACACGGUGAUCAGAAUCUUAUAAAUGGCUACAUUGGCAUCAUACAGACCAUCAUAUCGUUCUUUGAGGGCACAAAUGAUCCAUUAAUGGGCUUCACGGCAGGACGUACGCGAUUUGUCGUAACCACCGAAGGGCCGCUCUACUUUGUGGCUAUAAGUAGGCUAGGGGAGAGUGAUGCCCAGCUUCGAUCACAAUUGGAUGCGCUUUACAUGCAAAUUCUGUCAACAUUGACCCUACCCACCCUGACACAUUUGUUUUCAAAUAGACCGAACACAGAUCUCCGUAGACCACUGGAAGGCACAGAGACUUUACUAUCAUCUCUUGCCGAUACUUUCACAAAAGGCUCCCCAUCUGCUCUGCUCUCAGCGCUCGAAUGUUUGAAAAUUCGAAAGUCACAGCGGCACGUGAUCAACAAUACAUUGCUGAAGGCUCGCACAGAUAAGCUACUCUAUGGCCUCAUUGUUGCCGGUGGGAGACUUGUCAGUGUUGUCAGACCCAAGCGACAUUCUCUUCAUCCCGGUGAUCUCCAGUUGAUCUUCAACAUGCUUUUCGAAGCCAGGAGUGUCAAGGCUGGAGGUGGGGAGAAUUGGAUCCCUAUAUGUCUUCCUGGCUUCAAUAAUACAGGAUAUCUGUACAUGUAUGUGAGUUUCUUGGGCACUCACGAGGAGGAUGGAAAUUCGGAUGAUGUGCCCUCGACAGCUGGCAGCACGGGUCCAGAAAACGAAGUGGCAGUGCUACUCAUCAGUGCGGACAAGGAGAGCUUCUACGAGCUGAAGCAAAUGCGAGACGAUGUUGUCAGCCAGCUCGAGAGCAACGGGAGUAUGGAUAUUAUUAAAGCCGCAGUCCAUCGCGGUCGCCCAAGCACCACGGACAUCGUUCCCGGAACCCAAUUGCGGCACUUUCUCUACAAGUCACGCUCAAACGUCCAAUUCACUAUGCCAUCCUUCUCUCCACAUUUCAGCAGCCUUAUUGCUCGUCGAAGACUCAUGAGCCUAUAUCAUAAUUUACACGCUUCGACACACGCAAAACAUUCCCAUCUCAAAGUUAUCCACUGCGUAAGCCGCGACAGCGUGUCUCUCGCAUGGACCACCCCUUUUUUCGAAUUCUAUUGCGUCGCGGGUCCGAAUACAUCCCGCGCGAGCCUCGCUCAGGGCGCAAACAAGAUCAUCCAAUGGGUAAAGCGUGAAGAGGAACGGGUCUUUAUAAUAGGCGGUGCUGUAUUUUAA